ACCCGUGCAGUCUUCAAGAGCAAAGGAGAUAGACGGAUAUAUAGAUGAACUGUUGUAUGGAUAUGUAUUAUUUACUGUGUGGGUCAGGGCCACACGAAUGUACGAAAGAUCUCUCAAACGUGUUUCCUUUUGAGAUCGAGUGGCUGGACUGACUGCCAGUAACUACGAUUGUGGUUCAACCGAUAUUAUAUCCCGUUGACCCGAUUUGUCUAGAAACUUGCAGCACUGCACUCCUCUCUAAGUACGUGCGCGAAUUGGACCAAGUCUCCGUCUGUCUCUUUCUCUUACUCCCACUCUCCCUCUUCGUCGUCCAAUCGUACUGUUGCUGUCUUUCCCUCUCUUCACGAGCAGUACCGCCGUACGCUAUAGUUUGUAGCAGGCAGGAUUGCUUCGUUCUGCUGCUGCCGUAAUACCGAACUCUGGCGGACAUGGACCCCCACCCGGAUUUGCAAAAGUUCGCAUUCGUUCGGAUAUACUCGUUCUACUAGAAAGAGACCGACUGUAUGGUGAGAGAGAGUGAGAGAGAGAGAAACAGACAGACAGAGAGAGAGGCAGACAGAAAGAGAGAGGGAGGGAGGGAGAGAGAGAGACGGAGCGAAAAAAGAGCCACGACUAAAGAGAAAAAAAUCAUACAACACGGCCACCACGCGUGUGACCUUCGGAAAGGCGCGCAAUCCAAGCUUUUAUGAACUUUAGGCUGCUAUGGCCAUCAAGUAAUAUUCACUUUCUCAUUUUAACGAGCAUAUAUCUCCCUUACUUAUUUUAUACGUUAAUAUAUGUUUAACCACUUUCUUGUCAAUUCAAAGCAAUCGGUUUCAUUUCGAUUGGCUACGUGCGCGCAGGUUUCAUUUUUUCGAACGCUUUAUGGUUUGUUUCUCUCUUUCGUGCGAUUAACCGACUUUCGAAUGAAUUUUUGAUUGACUCGAUUUCUCCGAAUUAAAGUACAAGUCAGUAUAGAAAAGAAUACAAUGAAUACAGACGAGGACGAAAGAAUAAAUGAUUUAUUGAUUGAGAAAAUUGACGAAAUUACUGGUUGUGAAAUGAAAAAAGUAGGAAUUCAAAGGAUGGAAAAUGAGCUAACUAUUAAAAAAUUAGAUCGAGAAUAUGCAGAAAUUAAGAGAAAUUUAAUUUAUUCUAAGAAAAUGCUAGAUGAAGCACGUAAGAAUAGCGCUACACAAUCUGAAACAAAGAGUCAACUUUUACAUGCCAAUAAAGCUAUAAUAGAAAAAUUUAAUGAAUUGAAGAAAUAUCAAAAUGAAAUCACAUUAUUUAACAUGUUUAAAGUGGAGAAAUCACUUCAAGAUUGUAUGGAUAGAAACAGUGAAUGUAUAAGAAUACUUCAUCUUAUAUUAGACAAGGAUAAUUAUUUCGAUAUACUUAACAAAAAUCUUCUUGAUAAAGAAAAUCAAUUAAAUGAAGAUAUUCAAAAACAAAUCGACCAAAAGAGGGAAACUGUUCGUAAUGACGAAGAGACUCUAUCAAUUUUGACAAAGAAAGUAGAAGAACAAAAAAUACAAAUUGAUGGAGAGAAAAUUGACAAUCGAAUUAAGCACGCUGUCGAAGAGCGAAAUAAGAGAAUCAUUCAAUUACAAGCGAACGAAGAUACAUUAUGUAAACAAUUUAAACAGGAAAUAGAUGAUUUGCAACAAAAGAAAUUCAAUAAGAUUCAGAAUCUAGAGACUCAUAUAAAUGACAUGAAAACUUUAGAAAAUAAUUUAAUGGAUUUACAAUCACAGUUUUCGGAAACAGAAAAAAAUGUGAUGCUACAAAAUGAGAGUCUUCAAAAUAUUCUAAUACAAAUUAAGGACAUUUCUAGUGAAAUACAAAAAAGUCAUGAAAUUAAUAAUCAAUCUAAUGAAUUUUAUGAAAAUAAUUUUACAAGCUUACAUAGUGAAUUUGCUCUAGUAAAUUCUGAAUUGCAAAGAGAGCAACUUGCUUUUGAUGAAAUGGAAAAUAAUAUGCAAGACGAAAUGAAAAAACUAUUUACUCAACUUGAAGAAAAAAAGAACUUGCAAAAUACGUUGGAAAAACGUCAAAGUGAUUUAUUGACAAUGAAAGAAAAACAAACAGAACAACAAAAAUUAUUGUCCCAAAAUUGUGAAUUAGAUAAAAAAUUAGCUAAUUUGACAGAGGAAUACGAAAAGCAGCUUUCAAUUGCAUCAAUCAAUACAAAUAAACAGAUUGAGCUAAAUACAAAAAUUAAGGAAUUACGUGAAAAAAGAGAUAAUGCCAGAAAACAGUUAGAAAGUUUAAGUAAACAUAAGAAUCAGGCAAAUAAAGCUAUGAAUAAUUCAAGUGACAGUAUUUUAAAUAGCGCUGCAGAAAAUACGAUGUCAUCUCAGCAAACAACUCCUCAGAGAAAAUUGUACGAUACAGUACAUCGUACAACGCAAUAUAAUAAUAGUGAGAUUGAAAAUAAUGUUGUAAGUUCUCAAACCCCCAAAAAGACUCCACAAUAUUUAGACAAUUCUAAUAAAUCAUUUAAAUUUAAUCUAGAUUCUUCUGAUGAGUCUGAUGAUGAAUUCAAAACAAUUAAUAAAACUCCAAAAAAGACGCAUGUAUCCUCUACGACGCCUAUCUAUAAAACACAAGAUUACACAUGCGGUGGUAAUGAUAAAAAUACUGAGAAUCCUGCAAGUGAAAAUUUGUCUCAAAGCGAAAGAUUAUUUGACGAGCUAAUAGCUUCUCAAAAACCUGAAGAAUCGUCGACAAAAAAAAAAGAUGAAGCAUGUUUCAUAUUUAACAUUAAUAUACUUUAA